AUCAAUGAACUGAGCCAUGUUCAAAUCCCUGUUAUGUUGAUGCCAGAUGAUUUCAAAGCGUACUCAAAGAUAAAGGUGGACAAUCACCUUUUCAACAAAGAAAACAUGCCAAGUCAUUUCAAAUUUAAGGAAUAUUGUCCAAUGGUUUUCCGUAAUCUAAGAGAGAGGUUUGGAAUUGAUGAUCAAGACUUUCAGAAUUCAUUGACAAGAAGUGCACCCCUUGCCAAUGAUUCCCAGGCACGCAGUGGUGCCCGCUUUCAUACGUCUUACGACAAAAGAUAUAUCAUCAAAACUAUAACAAGUGAAGAUGUAGCAGAAAUGCACAACAUACUGAAGAAAUACCAUCAGUUUAUUGUGGAGUGUCAUGGAAAUACACUUCUUCCCCAGUUUUUGGGCAUGUACCGGCUUACUGUUGAUGGAGUAGAAGUAUAUAUGAUUGUUACAAGAAAUGUGUUCAGCCAUCGUUUAUCUGUUUAUAGAAAAUAUGAUUUAAAGGGCUCUACUGUGGCUCGAGAAGCCAGUGACAAAGAAAAGGCCAAAGAGCUGCCGACGUUCAAAGACAAUGAUUUUAUUAACGAUGGCCAAAAGAUUCACAUUGAUGAGAAUAACAAAAAGAUGUUCCUUGAGAAACUCAAAAAGGAUGUUGAG